AGCACUGAAAUUGAGUGAGGCAUUAUAAAUAACAAUUAUUGAGAUCUUGUUUUAUAAAAUUAAGUCAAUAAUUCAAUUUAUCAAUCACAUUUAAUAAUUUUUUAAUUUCAUCUCACAUUUACAUAGAUAUAUUAGGAUUAGUGAUGUUACUUAGGUUAUGUCCAUAAUGCUGAGUGAUGUAUAAGCAGUAGUGAAUUGAAUGUCACGUAUUGAGAACUUUUCUAACCUUAGUUUUGUAUUGACAAUUAAUUAAUUAAUAAUAAAUAAAAAUGUCAUAUUUAACACGAAAAGAAAUUGAUGAAAUGAAGCCGGAGAUUGAGAAGGCUGUGCAUAAAUUUCUCGGAUUUGGAGAACCUGCUAUUGUAACAACUGCUGUAAAUUGUAUUGUUUCUGGCUAUGAUAAACGUAAAACUGCAGAUAAAUUAUCGGCUCUUUUGGACGAGAAAAAAGCUAUGAAAUUAACAGAAAAGAUGUUCAACAUUUACGAUGAUGCUAGAGCUGCACAAAAAGCUAAAAAAAGGUCUCAUGAUGAGGACAAGGAUAAAGAUAAGGAUUCAAAGAAAGCAAAAAUUAAAGAAAAUGAUUCUAAGAAUGACAAGCUUCCAGAAACAACACUUUCUCCUGAAAAGAUAAAGCAAAUGAUGGCUAAUGCUCAAAGAGAAAUAGAGGAGAGAAAAAGAGCGUUGAAAGCGAUCAAACAAGAUGAUGUAUCUAUAAAACCUUCUUUCAAAGCUCGUGAUCCAUUACCUCUAGUUAGUAGCAUGUACACGCAAGGUUUAUUGAGUAAAACUGAUUCUGAUAGAGCUAGAAAGAUAGCUGCUUUACAAGCGCAAAUAAAAAGUAAAUUUAAUUCAGGUCUAUUAAAUAAUCUGAAUAUACCAGAUAAACCUACUCCUUUGAUUCUUGAUGAAUCAGGAAGAACUGUUGAUAUAACUGGUAAAGAAGUUCAGCUUACUCAUGUUGUGCCAACAUUGAAAGCUAAUAUAAGAGCAAAAAAAAGAGAAGAAUUUAAAGCUCAGCUUCAGGAGUCUAAAGGUCCUGAAGAAAUUCAAGAUACGCAUUUCUUUGAUACGAGAAUAGGUGUAAAAAUUCCCACUCGUGGUAAAAGAGCAUUAAAAUUUCAUGAACCUGGAAAAUUCCAACAAUUAGCUGAUAGGAUACGAAUGAAAGCACAACUAGAAAAGUUACAAAAUGAGAUCAGUCAAAUAGCAAGAAAAACGGGAAUUAGUUCAGCAACAAAAUUAGCAUUGAUUGCACCUAAAACAGAAGCACUUAUUGAGGACGUUCCAAAUGUUGAGUGGUGGGACUCUGUUAUUAUGUCCAGUGGAUAUCCAACUAGAGAUGAGCAAGUUCAGAUUAAAGUGACAACAAUUACCAAUUUAGUAGAGCAUCCAAUACAAGUAAAACCACCAACUGAAUCUCUUAAGCCUGUGUAUAUGCCGGUAUUCUUGACUAAAAAAGAACGUAAAAAGUUGCGGAGACAAAAUCGCCGAGAGGCUUGGAAAGAAGAACAAGAGAAAAUUCGAUUAGGAUUAGAGCCUCCUCCAGAGCCUAAACUAAGGAUAUCAAAUUUGAUGAGAGUAUUGGGAACAGAAGCAGUUCAAGAUCCUACGAAAAUUGAAGCUCAUGUUCGACAACAAAUGGCAAAGAGAUUAAAGGCGCACGAAGAUGCAAAUGCAGCCCGUAGAUUAACUGCUGACCAACGUCGAGAAAAGAAAGCUCGGAAACUUAAAGAGGAUACAUCGCUGGGAGUUUAUGUAACAGUUUACAGAAUACGUGAUUUGCUAAACAAUGCAUCGAAGAAAUUCAAAGUUGAGGCCAAUGCUAAACAAUUAUAUUUAACUGGCUGUGUAAUGUUAUUCCGAGACUGUAAUGUGGUUGUAGUAGAGGGUGGUGCAAAGCAGUUGAAAAAAUAUCGUCGAUUGAUGAUGAAUCGAAUUAAGUGGGAGGAAGAUAUAGUGAAAGACAAUGAUGGCAAUGAUGUACCUAAUAAAUGUGUUGUUGUGUGGGAGGGCAGUACGACACAACGGCACUUUGGAGAAAUAAAGUUCAAAGUUUGUCCAAUUGAAAAAAUGGCCAGAGAACACUUCAAAAAGCAUCAAGUAGAACAAUACUGGGAUUUAGCAUACAGUGGAGCUGUUCUUGAUAACACAGACGAUACUCAUAGGUUAAUUAUCUUUAUGAGCUCUGUGAGAGGCACGACUCUACCAUUGAGAAUGAUGCAGGAUCUGGACAAACGUGCAAACAAUGCAAUGGAAAAAUAUGACCAAGCAGAAAGAACAAUUCUAGAUGCUGGUACGCAGUUGAGUAAAGGAUCGCCAGCCUGGUAUUUAGGAGCCUCUCAUGAGAUGACUGAAGCUGCGAAAAAUUUAUCUAGACAAGCACUCAAAAGUGAAACCAUGGCACUCAUGAUGGUAGAGUCUCUACAUAUGUCUCCAAAUGAAGCUAUUAAAUUCCUACCUACAAUGGCUUUGGGAAUUAGUUUUUGUCCUGACAAUAGUAAAAUUCUCGGUCGAACUAUUUCAGAGUGUAAGAGAGUUAAUACAAAAUAUCGAACUCAUUCUGGAAAGUGUAACAAUGCAUUGCAUCCAACUUGGGGUGCGAGUUUAGAAGCAUAUACUAGACUUUUACCUCCUGAAUAUAAUGAUGGUGUAUCACUACCACGUGUUAAUUUACCAAGUGCUCGUGAAAUUUCAGUGAAUGUUUUUUCUGGUGUUAAUGACUUAAAACAUCCAUUUUUAAUGGCAAUGACUUCAUUAUUCGGUCAGUUUGUUGCUAAUGAUCUUGCUCACACCCCUAGAAUGGAGUUACUUGGUGGUAGACGUUUAAAAUGUUGUGAUGUUGACUAUGAAAGUUUUCAUCCAGAGUGUUUCCCCAUUCAAGCGGAGAAUGUCAUUGGUUGUAUGGAGUAUACUAGAUCAGUCCCACAUCCAGGAAGUAAUCAUCAAAGUUGUCGGUUAGGCCCUAGACAACAGAUCAAUCAAGCAACAUCAUUCUUAGAUUUAUCGACCAUUUAUGGUAGCUCUGAAGAAGUAGCAAAAAGCUUACGUGCUGGUAAAAAUGGUCUACUUAGUACUCAAGGAAAAAAUUUGCCAAUACCUUCAAAAAAUUUCAAUAGUUGUCGAAGUGAUAAUAAAGCUCUUCCUUGCUUCUUGAGUGGUGAUCCAAGAAUAAAUGAAAAUCCGGGUAUUGCUUUACUUCAUGUUCUAUUUCUACGUGAGCAUAAUAGGGUUGCUAAACAAUUGAGUGAGCUGAAUCCGCACUGGGAUGAUGAGAAAUUAUACCAAGAGUCACGGAGAAUUGUAAUUGGUGAAAUGCAACAUAUUACUUACAAUGAAUUCCUGCCGGCAGUGUUUGGUGAGAGCAACCUUGAGAGAUAUUAUCUGCGAUUGGUGAAACCGGGUUACUCCACUUCUUACGACUCGAGAAUCGAUCCCACUUUGUCAAAUGCUGCUGCCUCAGCGGGACUAUUCUUCUUUGCUGCUCUCACACCAAAGACCUUUGACCUCAUUGACUCUCAUUCAGCCACCAAAUCGGGAGAACGAUCCUUGCUAUCUGCAUUCUAUGCACCUCAAGAACUUUACGAAGCUGGAGCUAUUGAUCGCCUCAUUACUGGUGCUACUGUUGGACAUUCAAGGAAGCCCUCAGGCUUGAAUGAAGUUCUAUUAGGAAGGUAUUUCCACGAUGGUAAAACCAACGAAGUAGCAAUAGACUAUGCUGCACAGGCUAUUCAACAAGGACGAGACCACGGACUUCCAUCGUAUACUAAGUGGAGAUUGUUCUGCGAUCUUCCUGAAGUUACAACAUUCCGUGAUCUUGAGAGUACAAUGAGUCGAGAUUUCAUCGAUAAACUUGAACGCGUGUACAAGAAUGUCAAUGAUAUAGACCUUGUAACGGGUGCACUUUCGGAAGCUGCUGUUGAAGGUUCAGUGAUGGGUCCGACCUUCCUUUGUCUGCUAGGUCUCACCUUUAAAAAUGCUCGUCUAGGUGAUCGUUAUUGGUACGAGAACGCUAAGACUCCAGGAUCUUUCACGCCUCGGCAACUGGAAGAAAUUCGCAAGGCCAAGAUGGCAAAGAUUUUAUGUGACAAUGGAGAUAGAUUGAAGAGGGUUCAACCGAAAGCUUUCUUAUUAAAGGAUCCGUUUUUGAAUGAAAUGGCUGAAUGCUGGACAUAUCAAGGAGAAAGUAUAGAUCUUAGCGCUUGGAAAGAGUCAAAUAUUUCUUAACAGCUCCAUAAUAAGUCUGUCUUUUGAUUUUAUAAGUUAGAGUAGUAUUUAAUAUCAGGAGAAAUCUAUCAAUUAGUUUUUUUUUGUCCCAAAUUUGUUAAUUAUUUUUUUAUUUAAUGAAGCUAAAUUUCAUUUGAUUGAAUCACUUUGGACCUUUGACAUCGAUGACUGCGUAAUGCGUUACUAUAUUUACAAGUAAACAACCUCAUAGGUGUAAGUAUGUAAUUUCUCGUAGUGAAGAGUAGCACGAGGUGAACGUUGAGUGGCGUCUCGGGUAAUUUAUUGUUAUGAAAUCAUAUAAGAUGCUAUUGCUCACGUGCUUCAGGGGCGUGAAUUAAAUAAAUCAUAUAGCAAGA